UCGGCAUUCGAAUUAGUCGUGUGUUACGUUUAGUAAGAGGCGGAUAUGUUUUGUCUCGCUUCGAGUAUUCAUUAUUUUUUGAAAAGCGUUGUCGGCUUCAACUGUGCCUAGUCCGACUGGCCAAGUGAAUCUCGUUAAGAGAACCAGGGCCAACUAAAAACGAAGAAGAAGAAGAAAAAGGCAUUCGAAUUUCGUAAUCGGCGUCAGUCCACAUCACAGUCGGUACAAGUCGGCAUGGAUGAUGGAAGUUACUCGACUUAUUUGUAGUGACGCGUUCCUAACUGUAUUGACAUUGACCUUCAUUUGAAAAUAGGUGCUAUAAACAAAAAGAAGCUGCUGUGAAGCGUUCGCUGUUAUUGUGCUACAUAUCCUUCAAUAUUCUCACUUUAGCAAUUCUAACAUUACUGCUACAUAAUUGCUAACCUAACCUAUAUUCGUGUAAACUAAUGACUCGUUAACGUAUUUAUGUGAUUUUAUAUUGAUAUUUAGACAGCUGUAUGCUUAUUUAUGACAAUAAAUAAUGGCGUCAGGAUUAGAGAGUUACGUGAAUCAUACAGUUUCCAUUAUCACGUCGGAUGGAAGGAAUUUCAUUGGUACUCUGAAAGGUUUUGAUCAAACUAUCAAUCUAAUUUUGGAUGAAUCACACGAGCGUGUAUAUAGUACGACACAAGGAGUGGAGCAGGUUGUCUUGGGUUUGCACAUUAUCAGAGGAGAUAAUGUAGCGAUAGUAGGAGAGAUAGACGACGAAAUGGACGCGAGAUUGGAUCUAUCAACAAUACGAGCUGACCCCCUAAGUUCUAUUACCCAUUAAUGAAUAGAUCUAAAGUUGCAAUUUGGAAUCGUCGUCUAUUCUCAUCAAAGUUUAAAAUAAAAACAAUCGCGAGCAUUAUAAGAAAAAAAAGUAAUACAACUUUUCACAUAGGUUGUAUAUUGUACAAAAAUCUUCCAUUUGUCAUAUGUAGACAUGUUUAGCAUAUAAUAACUGUAUUUUAAAAAGUGCACAGAGUUAAUACAGCAGUAUUUACAUCAUUGAAACAAACCAAAAACUUUCGUUUGAAUCAACAACUCAUCUGUACAAAAAUCUUGCUACAUAUAAUAAUAGUAAAGUUUACAAAUGUAAUUUCGCUCUGCGUUUAUGUAAUGUAGCAAUAAUAAUAAACAAAAAUGUAUAGAUUAACAUCGAUUAAGGUCUAUAAUUCAGUGAGUCAGUAUCCUGUAUCUAUUUUUAGAUUCAUGUCAAAGAAGAUACAUAUAGCUAGAAAUUUCUGCUUUUUUAAAUCGCAAUAUUAUCAUUAAAGUUCAGACACGCAAGUCCGUACUACCAAAAAGAAUCAGUAGAGGAGCUAAAUAAUUAAUCUGCAUCGGAAGUGUGCGAAAUUAUAGAAAUUACAAAUUAUAUUAUGAUACUUCGAUAUACGAUUUGCGUGUUUCUAAUCGUUUGGAAUUUACACAUAUUCAUAUAUCUUCUUUAAAGCGUAAAAAAGUACUGAAUUACAUAUUUUGUAAAAUCGAUAUACAUUAAUUUUCUUUACAAAAUAUUGCAGUUUAUCUUAGAAUCUCUACAUCUCCAUGAUACGUAAAGUUGUACAUUUACGAAUCGACAUGGAUAUCAAUCGUGAAAAGUAAUAACACGUGUCGUACAGAUCGCAGGCAUUCGCAUGUCUUUUGUGGAAGACGUUAAUUAUCAAUUCAAUCAUCUUUAACAUUCACUUGACAUUUUAGAUGUUCGUUUAUUUUCGAUUAAUUAUUUCGGCGCGACUUACGUGUGCUAAGUGUCUUUUCGUAGAAUCUAUUUAUUGUAAACGAAUGGAUACAUAUUUGUAAUUGCCUACAUAUAAAUAUCUCCUAUAUUAUGAACUUACAUGUUUAAUGUUCUUGAGAAUUAUGCAACAAAUUACAAAUAAAGAGUGAUGGAUCCGGUAUAGUCUGAGUGUUGGAAUACACCAACUUUUAUGUGGUAUUCCGAAGGAAAAUUGCACAUAUAUGAGCAUUGUGAUAUAGCUUCUCAUUUAUUAUAAUUUAAAAUUUACGUACCAUGAGCCAUCGCUUCUCAAUCUAUUCAUAAUCAUCAUUGAACGUUUGUUAUAUUAAUCAAAUCUUUCUCUAGAGUAAAUCUACAGAUUUAAUU